AAAAACUUUCAUUCAUUCAUUGCUGAAAAAACUGUUGACAUUACGUCAUACGUUGCUAGGUUACCGCCAAAAGAGAACGUGUGAGUUUUUGUUUUUGUGUGCGUUUCCUGAAAGCCCGCACUGUGCGUGUUUUUGUUUUUGUGCAACCAGACUGACACAACUUUAUUCGCAGGAAAAAGGAAGGUUCUUUGUAGUGUGAGGAAUGGUUGGACGUCAUCGCAUUAAACCUGUGCCAAAAUGUGACUAGCCAACAAAAUAAAUCGACGUUAAGGCACAUCGAAUGACAAAAACCUUAAAUGCUUAACCUAUAUGUACGGUGAUUGGUCCAGCAACGAGACAAUGCAUCUGACGAACACCCAAACGGCCACUGGCACUGCCUCGUCGCCAGAAGGCACCAACAUCAUAAACGAUACCUACACCAAAAUGACCUCUGAUAUCCUGGCCGAAAGAACUCUAAACGACUUCCUAUCGGAACAUCCGGGCGAGCUCGUACGCACCGGUAGUCCCCUGUUCGUGUGUACAGUUUUGCCACCCCAUUGGCGGAGCAACAAGACGUUGCCGGUGGCGUUCAAAGUCGUCGCAUUGGGUGACGUUGGUGACGGGACUGUGGUGACAGUGCGGGCGGGAAAUGAUGAGAACUACUGUGCGGAAUUGAGGAACUCAACGGCGGUGAUGAAGAACCAAGUGGCGAAGUUCAAUGAUCUUCGAUUCGUCGGAAGAAGCGGGAGAGGCAAAAGUUUCACAUUAACAAUAAUGGUAUCGACCAGUCCCCCACAAGUAGCGACAUACAAUAAGGCGAUAAAAGUGACGGUGGAUGGUCCACGUGAACCGAGAUCUAAGACAAUGCUAUCUCUUCUAGGACAACAACAACAAUUUCACUUUGCCUUCGGACAGAGGCCGUUCCCUUUCGCCGCCUCGGACCCUUUGUCAGGUUUCAGGAUGCCCCCGAUUGGAAAUUGCAAUAAUAUGCCUCAAUUUGGACUAAGUAGCACGAACUCGCAUUGGGGCUACGGGGCGGCCGGGGCGUAUUCCCCGUAUUUCACGCCAAGCACGUUGGGCUCGUGUGCGGCGCCCGCCGCCCAGUUCAACACCCCAGCCCUCGGGUUCUCGGGCAGCGCCCCCGACCAAUCCACCACACAAGAUGCCUUUACCACCAGUUCCACUGUUAGUUCACUGAUACCUGAUGCUUCGGCAACGGAUUUGGAUCAACAUCUGGGCUUAGUGACAUCACAAAAUCACACGACGAACCACUCUCUAAAUCCGGCACACUCCUCGUCCUUGUUGGUGCCGCGGUACUCCUCCAAUCAUACGACAGAUUUUGCGAUUUCCGGACCGAGAAGUCUGUCGGACAACUCGAGCGCCGCCGAGAGUCCCGUCCAAGACGACUUGCUCACCCCCCAAACCGCUCCGGGCGUCAACCACGUCAACAACACGACGAACUUCAACCUGCACCAGAACAUGCCGCAGAGUUCCUAUUCCUCCGGUAACUGCAACAACUCCAUUUAUCCAGUGCUGCCCGGCUUGUUGUAUUCUCAACUUUAUUCAGCCGCCAACCAGAGCCACAACUUCCACUCGUUACACACGCACCAUUCGAGCCAGACCCACCACAACGACAUACAGACCGUAAUGGAUCAUUUGUCCUCAAGCAACCAGAGACAGAUGAAUGGGAGUACGGAUCUGCUCCUGUCGAAUAACGGCACGUGUGCGGCCGCCGCCAACAGACAGGACGACGGUCACACUAGGGGGCUCAGCACCCAAGGGCCCAGGGGGCCCGCUCAAAACGGCGACGCCGUCGUCUGGAGGCCCUAUUAAACUCAAACCACGUGGUUCUUCGUCGCAGUUUUUUCAAUGUGGAUUGGAAACAUGCAAUUUGGUAUGUUAGAUUUUUUUUUGUAAAAAACUGAUAUUUGCAAUAGUUUAGCAGCACAUUUAAUACAAACACUUGCUGUUGAUAAAACUGUGCAUGUAUCCGUAGUUGAAAAUUUGUCCGGGUAAAAAUAUUGAAAAAGGUUCAGUUGACCAAUGAAUAAAACUGCGAAUUUAAAAACAGAA